UUUGUUUUUAAAGGUCUUUCAACAAAUAAAAAAAUAUUAAAAAUUAGAAUGGACGGUGAAGAUGAGGCAACUGAACCACAAAUUUUUCCACCAGAAGACGGAGAAGAAGAAAACGAACAUCAACUCAGCUACAAAAAGAUUAAAAAGGAAGCUUUAGCCCCCGUUUUUGGUUCGGAGGGGGCUGUUGGUGCAGAUUUACAUAGUGCUGAGGAAUGUGUUGUUCCGGCUAAAGGUUUAUUUUUUGGAAGUUCAGAAUUUGUUUUGUUGAUUUUAGGCAAGUAUUUGGUGUCGACUGGACUUCAAAUUGCUCUGCCUAAGGGGUACUAUGGAAGAAUCGCUCCAUGUUCUGGACUUGCUUCAAAAAACUUUGUUGAUGUGAGUGCUGGUGUAAUUGAUACGGAUUUUCGUGGAGAACUUAAAGUUUUGCUUUUCAACUUUUCGGAUUCUGAUUUUAAGAUUUCUGUUGGUGAUCGUAUUGCUCAACUUGUUUGCACGUCAUAUAUAAAACCAGCUCUUGUUGAAGUAACCGAUUUUGAUGAAAAUGACGAUGAAGAUAUAGAGAAUAUUGUUUUGUAUGCAUGAAAGCUUGUUGAGAUGUCUUUCAAAGUGGGAAUAGUUGGGAAUAAAUUUGUUAUAAUUAAAUUAUUUUUUGAGCUUAAUUU